AUGAUUUCGACUCAGCUGAAGAACACGCCAGCUCAGAAUCAGAGCCAAGCGAUGGACCAAGCUAGUCCAGACCUGGUGUCUUUCACACCUAGAACCUACGGUGACUGGCGUGAUGAGUUUCACAAGAAUGGCUACGUCGCGAUCAAAAACCUGAUCAGCCCCGAGCGCGCUCAGUAUUACCGCGAAAAGCAGAUUCAGUGGCUGAAGAACUUUGAGCUUGGCUUUGAUGAGAAUGAUGAAGCUACUUGGUCGGCCGAACAUCUGCCUGUUAGGUUGAAGGGAGGGAAUUAUUCUCAACUCGGUUACGGAAUGUACUUCGUUUACGGCGCUUGUCAUGAAAAGAUGGCCUGGGAAGCUCGUACUGAGCCAAAUGUUAUCGAUGUCUUCGAAAAGCUCUGGGAGACUAAAGAGCUGAUCUGCUCAUUUGAUGGAAUGAAUAUUUCCCUCCCUCGCCGCGAAGAUCUCAACUGGAGCCCAUGGCCACACUGUGACCAGAACCCAGAUCGGAAAGGAAUGCAAGCAGUCCAAGGCCUUCUGAACUACGCUCCGAAUGGCCCCAAUGACGGCGGAUUAAUGCUCAUGAAAGGAUCAUCGAAGUUCUUUGCUCACAAACGUGAAUCAUUCAACCACGAAGAUGCACCACCGCCCGAGAUUCAAUUCAUGGAUCUCUUCUUGUUUAGCGAAAAAGACGUGCAGUGGUUCAAAGAUCGUGGUUGUGAGCUAAUCAAGGUGAAUAUGGAGCCUGGUGACUUUGUGCUCUGGGACUCUCCGGACAAUGCACUAUGCCUGUCUACCAGAGGGUAA